AUGAGGACCUGCAGUGUGGGGGCCCCCCAGGGAACGGUCUUAGCGCCCUUCCUUUUCACCCUCUACACUGCAGACUUCAGACACAACAGGGACAGCUGCGUCCUGCAGAAGUUCUCCGACGACUCCGCCCUCAUUGGCCUCAUCACAGAUGAUGACGACGCGGAGUACAGAGGACUCAUUCAGGACUUUGUGGACUGGUGUCAGCUGAACCACCUCCUCAUAAACGCGGGAAAGACCAAGGAGAUGGUGGUGGACUUCAGACGCCGUCCCACCGUCCCUCCCCCAGUGAACACCCAGGGAAAGGACAUUGAGAGGGUGGACACUUACAAGUACCUGGGUGUUCAUCUCAACAACAAACUGGACUGGACUCACAACACGGAGGCUCUGUACAGGAAGGGCCAGAGCCGGCUCUACCUCCUGAGGAAGCUCAGGUCUUUUGGGUGGGGCAACAGCAUCACGCAGAGGGACAGGAAAAGACUGGACAAGAUCAUCAAGAGGUCCAGCUCAGUCCUGGGCUGUCCUCUGGACUCUGAACAGCAGGUGGGGGACAGGAGGGCCCUGUCCAAACUCAUGUCUAUGCUGGACCAUGAGGACCACCCCCUGAAGGACACUCUCUCUGCUCUGGAGAGCAGCUUCAGUGAAAGACUGAUACACCCUCGCUGUAUAAAGGAGAGAUUCCGCAGAUCCUUUCUUCCUGCUGCUGUCAGACUAUCCCUAAGAGAGAGAGAGAGCGAUGAGGCUGCAGAUGCUCGACUUCCUGUUGGUGAGAAGCUGAGAAAUGAUCUGAGUUCAGCAGCAGGAUCAUCUCCUCGUCGUUCCACCAACAUGAAGCUGCUUCAGUUCAUCUUCAUCCUCCAGCUGAGCUCCUUCUGUAGAGCGAACCUCCAGGUUCAUCAUCUGAAUGUUAGAUGCAGAUGGACUCUCAGGCUGCAGGGAAACAGGAGCGACGAAGCGGUUUCCCUUCCACGGAUGUUUUUCGACGACGUGGCAAAGAGGAUCUGCCUGGAUCUGAAUUGUGGAAGACCUCAUGUGAUACAGAAAUCCACGCCUCCCCCCGGCAGCAGCUGCUUCCACGGCUGUUUGUACCACAACCUGAGUCUGCAUAGCUGCACUGAGGCUGUGGGGACAGGCUGCAUCCUGACCUCUGAAGUGGUUUGUGGUCAUCAGUCCCUCCGGCUGUCAGGUCACGAGGACGGCUGCGCUGGACGGGUGGAGGUCUGGAAGAACGGGAAAUGGGGAACAGUGUGUGACGACGGCUGGGAUCUGAGAGACGCUGAGGUGGUCUGUUCCCAGCUGGGCUGUGGGAACGCCGUCAGGGUGACGGGUCAGGGGGGGCUGUUCCCUGCAGGGAGAGGACCGGUUCACCUGGAUGAGCUGAACUGCACCGGCAGCGAGGAGAACCUGUGGGCCUGCAGGGCGGAGCAGGAGGAGAACGACUGUGGACACAAGGAGGACGCUGGUGUGGUUUGCUCAGGAUCCUCUGGGUUUGAAGAACCGAAUGCAACUGUGACAGUUCUGACCACAGUUCUGAUGACCUCCAGUCCUGCAUAUGUUCCAUCUCCAGAACAUCUCAGCAUCAUGGUUCUGUCUCUGGCCCUGCUGGUGCUUCUCAUCCUGAACUUGGUUCUCUGCUGGCUUCAUAGACGCCAUCAUAUGUUCCCUGUGCAGCAAACUCGCUCCUACCAGAGAUAUUCCCACGAGAAUCCCCAGAACCGCAACAAGGAGAACCUAAACCUGGUUAAAGUCGGUUCUGACCCGCUGCAGGCAGACGUCCCCUCCAGGAUUCUUUGGACCCAGAUUAGUAGCGUUGACAGCGCGUCAGUAGAUACAGACUAUGAGCAGUAUGACCCGAGCAAUGACCCGUCUGUCAGGCUUUCAACCUUUCAGAAUUCUCAGAGAUACAGAACCGAACCCAAUGCUUCACUGAAGCCUCCAGCUCUGAGCGACCUCGCUGAGGAAGGUUCUAGAUCUCCAAACAAAGACUCUGCAGCUGCUGGUUUUCCGUACAGCAGAGCGUCAAAGAUCUCCCAGGAUUCCUUCGACUCCUCCAGCACCUCCUCCGGUGAAUGCUACGAAAACGUGAACCCGAGCCACAAAGCCGACUUUCCUGAACCGGGCCAGAACCAGGCUGCUUCUAGCCCUCCGCUGUACACCAACUCUGGGAUUGGAGCAGGAGGACACGCGUGUUCAGAUGAUGAUGAUGAUGAUGGUGAUUACUGCCCUGUGAGCCCAGACUAAUGAUGAUGACG